AUGCGGGAUUUCACUCUCCUUAUCCAUACGCCCAUAAUGACGACGAAAACGAUGUCAGCAAAAGCCUCUGCGUUCUCAAUUGACGCCAUUAUGACGACAGCGACAGCCACAACAAGGGCCACCGACUAUCCCACUAAGGAAUCCUCCCCCAUUUCUGCCUCCAACUCAACAUCCUCUCAGCAAAGUCCAGAAAAGCCCGCUGCCAUGACUUGGGAGUUUGGAAACCCUGGUGGGUUGGAUUUACAGCCCGUUGCGAGCGCACGGCACAUCAACACCCUGCCUCCUCCUCGUCCCACGCCCCUCUCCUCAAACAGCCACCUCAUUUCGCCAUUCACACGCCCGCCCUCUGGAGUUGGCGCGAAAUCACGUGGCGUCGCUCACACAGCAGUGCCUGUAUCCGUUCCUAUCCGCCAAAUCCAGCCAAGAGGAUGUACUCGUCUUAGGCACUCAAUGAGCGCAAUCCCCCUCGUGACCUUGAAAUCCCAUUUCCUUGACCAAUCGGCUUUCACGGACAUGCGCACACACAUGGCGAUGGGUUCAAACAAGGUUAAUUUUGCCGCGAAAUCCGAUGACCUCACCGCCCUCGUUGCUAUGGUUUCCCUUCACACGCACACACGCACGCACACCACUCAAGUGACCGCAGCAACGGUCGUCGCUCCCGUCACCCAGUAAAUCAGCCCCAAGGGAAAUGGCAGACACCUCAGAAGGAGCUGGUCAACCAUCCUCAACGCAAACGACACUUCAGGGCUGCUGGCCAAGUCGCCUCGUCUGACCCUCUCGCCCUCGCAUGUUCGUGAAUUUCGACCGAAAUCGGACCUGGCAUCCAGCUGUGCAAAUCUCUUCGGCUGCCCAAAGCCAGAGGAAGCCGUUGGAACUCCGAGCCUGAAGAACUUUCCAUGCCGAAUAUCUGGUGGAGUGGGCGAACUGGCAAGAGCCCAAUGCCAUCUGGAAACCCAGGAACUCUGGCAAAAGUUCAAUGAACUCGGCACCGAGAUGAUCAUUACCAAGUCCGGGAGGCGAAUGUUCCCCGUGAUGCGCGUCUCCUUCACUGGCUUGCGCCCAGGUCACAGCUACACGGUACUGAUGGACAUCGUGCCCGUGGAUAACAAGCGGUACCGCUACGCGUACCAUCGAUCGAGUUGGCUGGUUGCCGGAAAAGCCGAUCCCGAAGGCGCGGAACAGCAGCGUCGACGUCGCCGCUGCUACCUCCAUCCGGAUUCCCCCUUUACUGGGGAACAACUGCUCAGGCAGACUGUGUCCUUUGAGAAGCUCAAACUGACAAACAAUCCACUCGAUAAGCACGGUUAUAUAAUCCUCAACUCGAUGCACAAGUACCAGCCCCGAAUCCACUUGGUGCGGAGGCCGCGGGGCGCCUUCUCUCCCGACGCGCUCAGCGCGCUGCCUGCGGACGAAGUCAAAACCUUCGAGUUCCCCGAAACCGUCUUCAUUGCGGUAACUGCCUAUCAAAACCAACUUAUAACAAAACUGAAAAUUGACUGCAACCCCUUUGCCAAAGGUUUCCGUGAUUCCUCCCGUCUAACAGAUUUUGAACGUUCCAAGGCAAUAUGGCGAUGGCUUUCCUGGGAUCCCAUCUGGGUAGGUGAUAAGGCCCUCACAAGCCCGUCCAAGAAGGUCGAAGUGCCUCGUACACCGCAGUCUCUGGCUCUAACAUCGCUCUGGGAUGAAGUUGAUUAUGCCCUACACGGAUGCGCGAAGUUGCUGGCCGGGGGGGGGGAGAGUGUUUAUACGAGGGAGCGAGAGGGAGUGGACAAAUCUCUGCCACCACCGGCUGGGGAGGGAGAAUCAGUGGAAAACCUCCUCGCAGGUCAACAGCCCAACGGCAUGAUUGCAGCCCUCGCCUCAGGACACUGCAGACCACCUCUGCCCCCACCCACUGCCGCCACGCCCCCCUCCUCGGCAUCCCUGCCCACAUUGAUGCAGCACAUGCUCACCUCAGCACUCCAGCAGGACUCGUCGGUGAGCGCACAUUUGUCGCCGCACUCAACCACAGCCAUGCUGGCCUACCUCCACUUGGUCCACUCCCUCGGCAACAGGAGCACCAACCGGCCUGAGUGGCCGGGACGCGAUUCUGUUGCAUAA